AUGGGUAUUCAACGAGGCGACCAGACAACCACGGCUACUUCAUCUAGCGUGGGAGACCCUCUUAUUCGGAAAUUUGGCCAGCUCCAUGUUUUGGAUGAUCUUAUUAGGCUUCGUGCGGCUGAUAUUGUUCAACACCCCAUCCUCGCCUAUCCUAGCUCCGAUGACCAUGCUGCUACUUAUAAUUACUAUACUGGACGGGAUUUGGAUGAGAUGAUCGAUCAUACAGUGGCGAUCCUCAUGAAUGAUGGGUUUCAACCACCCAAAAAGGAUGGAGCCAUUGUCGCCCUUCUUACUCUGUCUGAUAUCAACAUGGUUAUAUCAUUCUUUGCACUUAGUCGACUGGGUUAUACCGUAAUGAUGCUCUCUCCACGACUGUCGGGAGAUGCCUGUGUAUCAUUACUCGACACCGUGGGUUGCGAGACUAUUAUAUACGGGAAAACUAAAAGCAUCCGCGCCACAGUCGGUGAAAUACUACAAGAGAAACCAGUGAGCUGUCGGCCAAUGCCAUCGGCUUCAAGUGAAGAUACAGAGACUUCCUUCCUAGUUCUGAAUCGAACCCGGAAUUCAGAGGCUCAAAGAAAUAAGACCGUGCUCAUCCUUCAUUCGUCGGGCUCGACUGGUACUCCAAAACCGUUGUUCCUUACGAAUCGUGCCCUUAUGACCCACCCGCUGCGUGGCCCCGGUCUGACUUCAUUCAAUCCUCUCCCCUGGUACCAUCUCCACGGUCUUUCCACUGCAUUGCAGGCGAUGUGGAUGCGUAAGACAGCGUUUAUGUGGAAUGCAGCACUGCCAUUAACCGCUCAAUCCGUUGUGUCUGUCCUUGAGGCUGCGCGGCCAGAGUCCGUUGCAGCUGUUCCUUACAUGCUUCAGUUAUUGGUGGAUAGCCCACGAGGUAUUGCUGCGCUCCGAAAUUGCAAGCUGGUCACGUAUGGUGGAGCACCGUGCCCCGAUGAGCUUGGAGAUCGGCUAGUUAGCGAAGGCGUCCCAUUUGGAGGCUCAUUUGGCCUCACGGAAGCAGGACUGGUCGCAGAGUCGAUAUCUCGGCCAAAGGGUGACCCUCACUGGAACUAUCUACGGUUCUUUGACAAUAUCCGGCCGUAUAUCUGGAUGAAGCCAAUCGGCAACUCGCUUUACGAAUGCGUCUACUUGGCGGGCCAUCCGGCUUUGACAACGUCCAACUCAAGUGAUCCUCCAGGCUCAUUUCAUUCCAAGGACGUCUUCACUCCACAUCCGACGAUACCAGAUCGGUGGAAGUAUGCUUCCAGAUUGGAUGACAGGAUCACGCUGGUCAAUGGAGAAAAGGUGCUUCCUCUUCCAAUUGAAGGCUACAUCAAGCAGCAUCCUUUGAUUCAUGAGGCGGUGGUCGUUGGACUGGGCAAAGCAGCCCCGGGGCUACUGGUCUUGCGGGCCAAAGAUGAGGAGAAAACAACCCUUUCUGAUGAAGCAUAUCUCGAUGAGAUCUGGCCCACUAUCGAAGGUGCCAAUGCUCGGGCAGAGCGGUUUUCGCAAAUAUCCCGCGACUUGGUGGCAAUCAUAUCUCCCACAUCAAAGUUCCCUCGCACUGACAAGGGCUCGAUGAUCCGAGCGCAGGUUUAUUCGCUCUACGCAGAGUUGAUUGAUAAUAUCUAUACAAAAGCAGAGCGAGUUGAAGGUGGUCUUCGGCUUGGUCUCUCAGAGACACAGUCUCUUCUGAUGCAGUUAUGCCGACAAGAGCUCCGAGCCCCGAUUUCUAGCGAGAAAGAGGAUUUCUUCGCUCAGGGCAUUGAUAGCCUGAAGGCUAUACAUCUCCGGCGUCUGAUUCUCCAAAAUUUCUGGCUCGGCUCGAGCCCCGUGGGUCUAAAUCUCGUCUAUGAGACGGGCAGCAUUGAACGUCUAGCACAGCACAUCUAUGCUGUACAAAAUGGCGACCUCGUUUCUCCAGGUCAGAGCGAUCCUGAGAUCAUGUCAAGCUUGGUUCGCAAGUACUCCACAUUUCAGAGGCAUAUUCCCCAGCCGGCGCUCACACCCGACACAAAAGGCGUGAUCCUCACGGGAGCUACUGGUUCUAUCGGCGCCCACACGCUAUACGAACUUCUCAAUGACGAGUCAAUCUCCAUAGUUUUCUGCUUCACGCGCCGCUCCCAGCCUUUAGAAGCUGUUCUAAACAGCUUAGCCACGCGCGAUUUGGCCAUAACCUCAUUCCAAAAAACCAAGAUCGUUGCACUGAACUGUUCUCUCGACAUGCCCAACUUCGGCCUCACUCCCUCAGACGAGGACCAGCUCCGGUACAUGAGACAGACCGUGACGCAGAUCAUCCAUGCCGCUUGGCCCGUGAACUUCAACCUUCCUCUCGCCAGGUUCGAGCCGCACAUCCAAGGCCUCCACGCGCUUCUCGAUUUCUCGCUCUCUGUGGCCCGUCCUGAGCCAGCUGUCGUCCUGUUCUGCUCAUCCAUCUCCACAACCCUCGCGGCGCCGUCGUCCUGCAUUGAAGAAUCCCUCGCAGAUCCAGGAGCUGCGUACCUCGGCUACGGGCAGUCGAAACUCGUCGGCGAGCACGUCGUCAACGUUGCACGCCGCACCGGCGCGAGGGCGUUUUCGCUACGCAUCGGCCAGGUGUCGGGUCACUCGAAGAAGGGCUUGUGGAACGACAGCGAGGCCCUCCCGCUGAUGCUGCGCUCUGCGCUGACCCUACGAGCGCUGCCGACCCUCCCGCACGCCUGUUCCUGGCUGCCCGUCGACACGCUCGCCUCGGUGGUCGUCGAAAUCGGGCGCGCAGUUGGCGCGGAGCACCGCGGGUCAGGGAAGGGUGACACGGCCAGUGGCACGGCAGGUGCGGAGUCCGAUGACUCGGUCUAUAACGUGUGCAAUACGCGCUCGUUCUCGUGGGCAGCGUUGCUGGAGAAACUGGGCGGUAGCGGGUUCCAAUUUGAGCAGGUGCCUUUUGAGAUCUGGUUGGAGAAGCUGAGGGCUAGUGAAGCCCGGGGCGAGGAAGACGUUAAUCCUGCGGUGAAGCUGAUCGGGCAUUAUGAGGCCAUGUAUGGGGAGAAGUCAAAGAUUGGGCACAAGACGUUUGUUACGGAGAGAGCUGAGAGGGAUAGUGUGACUCUGAGAAAUGGCCGAUUGAGGAUUAUUGAGGAUGGGAUUCUUUCUUGUUAUGUACGAGACUGGUUGAACCGAUGGAUGAGGUCGUGA